AUGGUUGCUGCCAAGAAAACAAAGAAGACCCAUGAGAGCAUCAACAACAGACUCGCUCUUGUGAUGAAGAGUGGGAAAUAUACUCUGGGUUAUAAGACGGUUCUCAAAUCUCUAAGGAGCUCCAAAGGGAAAUUGAUUAUCAUUUCCAACAAUUGUCCACCAUUGAGGAAGUCUGAAAUUGAGUACUAUGCUAUGUUGGCGAAGGUUGGAGUUCACCAUUACAACGGAAACAAUGUGGAUUUGGGCACCGCAUGUGGCAAAUAUUACAGAGUUUGCUGCCUCAGCAUUGUUGAUCCUGGUGAUUCGGAUAUCAUCAAGACAAUGCCGACUGAGCAGUAG